AUGACAGAGAAGGAGAGCAAUGCCGCAGGCGGGCGUUCCUCGCCUGGGAAGAGGAGAGGUAGCACACACAGCGCUCCGGUCCAGGACGCUGAGAGCUAUGACGCUUCACUCGAAGACCAUGCUCAUGACAAGAAGGCUAUUCCGGUCGAUAGCAAAAGAGAGAAGGUCAAGCGGCAUUUCGAGCGCUGGAAGUGGUGGUACCUGUUGGCCUUUAUUAUUUUGCUCGCCAUUCUACUCCCGUUACUAUUCAAGGUCAUCAUUCCAGCGAUCAUUCAGAACAUCCUCAAUGGCCAGAAACUGCCAAUAAACGGCGGCGCUCUCCAGGCGCUUUCGCCAACGCACGUUAACAUGAGCCUUCGCACGUCCCUAACCACGCCGCUGGGAGUGAAACUUGACCCUGUGGACCUCUACCUGUAUAACAAGGAAACGAACCCCGUCUCUCCAUUCUUCAAACUUCGUCUCCCAGAGCUGCACAUCAACCAUCGAACGGACGUUCUCGUGACGAACCAGACUAUAUUGGUGACCAACGAAACCGAACUCCUCAUUUGGUUCAAUCAGUUCUUUGACCGGCCCAAGGUGGAGCUAUCUCUCAAAGGAGACCCAAACAUUCUCCUCGGUAUUCUGAAGUACAAACGCCACCUUGAAAAGGCCAUCGAGGUGCCAUCCCUAAAUUAUCUCGACGGCUUCGCGCUCGUGGACCUGGAUUUCAUGCUCAGGUCAAAUGACACAAAGUUCAACAUGAAAGGCAAUCUCAACAUCCCAAAUUCUGGAGUUCUCACACUUGGACUCGGUAACUUGACAUUCAACUUAGAGUCCGGACCAACCAGACUCGGCUUGGUUCAUUUGUACGACGUUCAGCUCAGGCCCGGAAAUAACACUGUGCCAUUUGACGGGAAUUUCUUCUUUGACGAGCUGGUACCGAACCUGUCAGAGGUCCUUGAUAGCCAGAAGGAGUCGCUAAGCAAUGGCUACUUCAAAUUUAACGCCACUGGGAACUCAACCAUUGUCAACAGCAAGCACGUUAAGUACAUUGAGGGAGUUCUAAACCAGAAGCAUAUCGGGUUCACAGUGCCGGUCAUCAGUCUGCUAAGCGAUGUUAUUAGUGGCAUACUGGGAGUAGAUCAAGGUUAUCUUCUUAACAUUUUCGGCGGAGCUCUUGGGAACUCGACUUUAUUUGAACAGUUACUAGGACAUUGGGGAGAUAGGAAUCAGGCAAGUAAUAGUACAUAUAUAUAG